GUCGCUGAGGAACGCGUGAGUUACCGGGCGCAGCGGACAGUACCACCUCAGGAAAGGAACAGAGAAUUCUACAAGACUGAGAAAGAGACAAUCGAUACAUACGUAUUUUAUACUAAAUAGGGUUUGGUUAUUUCAAGAUGGAGUUUGUAACUACUGAAUCAUUUGUGAGCCCUUUAAAGGGAUUCUUGAUAUUGCCACCAGCAACCCAAGAAAAGAAAAGUGCCACCAUAAGUUGCAAAUUAGAUGACAAACCACGGCUGUAUGUCAUUGGUGGGAUACGAAGAGUGAACGAAAAGAUCUCUAAUUUAGAACUGGGUCUGAAAAGAUAUGACAGCAGCGAUGUAGUGAUUGAGGAAAUUGGGCUGAAGAGACAGCAAGCACAGAGGAUAUCCAGAAGAGUAACAAGGGGAAGCAGGGGAAAAGAGAGAGACCAGAAGGUGAUGCAUAAGCUUAGCGGACGUGGGUCAGAGAUUGAUAUUUUAAUAACUCAAGGCAAAAUAGCUCAGAAAAAGAUGGUAACAGAAAAGGAUAAACUUGUGGAAUUGUAUCAAUACCCAGGAUACCAUAAGGAGGAACCUACACCACUGCCAAAUGGAAUAGAGCUAGAUGAAAUUUUGGAGAAGGUGAUUCGUGCCCAGGGUAAAUCAUCAGUUGGGAAGACACGCUGGGCUAUGAAGAUGCUGCGAACCUUCCUCAGAGCGCCAUGUAUCCAAGCUAUUUUGCUGGACAGUUUCUGGUGGCAGUUUCUACACUUGUAUCAUCCAAAUCGAGAGAUUCAGGGAUAUUUGUUUGAACGCGUUGCAGAAAAUUAUUCUCUCAUCCUGUUGGGCUGUCACAAGGUUUCCAACCAGGAACACAUCCUUAAAUUUUUCCCAUCACUGCUGAGUCAAGCCGUGUACACCUGCUUCUGCUACUGUUUCCCGAGGUCCUGGUUCAAUACACAUGAAUUCAAAGCCCAGGUCUGUGAUGUAUUCUCCGAGUGGCUGGGAGGUACCCUGCAUGCACCAGGGAGUUACAAUAAAUGGGAUUAUUCCCAGCUGGAGCCAGAGCGAUCCAGGAGAGAAGAUUUGCUGGGAGGAAAAGGAAAAUUAGGGACCGGCUGUGAUAUUUCCUUUAGUACCUAUGAAUUAUCUACUGUACGGAAGCGUCCCUCAAGACGUCGUAAGAGGCAUGCAUCUGGUACCAAAUCCAUUAAAAAAGCCAAGAAGCCUGUCUCCAGGAGAAAAGUACAAAAGCAGCUUCCCAAACAAGAAAAAAUGCAUCAGUUUUCUCGCUCUGUAUCAUCUAUUGUCCAGCCUAAAGAGGACAGUGAGCAGGAUUUGUGGAAAAAGCGUCGAAGCUCACAAAAGAAAAAGAUAAAGAUUGCUUUGCUUCCUCGAGAGUCACACCCAGCCUGUUCUGGUCCUGAGUUCACCUGGCAUCACUUGAAUAUUGGUGGUCGCUCCCCACUAAUUCAGCACGUCCUCCAGAAACGGAAUGCAGUACCAAAGGCAGGAUGUGACAUCUAUUUGCAUAGGAGGGAGAUCUGCAAGCCCAUACCGCAUUCUAUCCAGACAUAUGCAGAAGUGAUUAAGCAAAGUUUUCAGAGCCUCCGUCAGAGGCGCAAAGCCUUUUCAAAGACUUAUUGGAGACACUGGAGAGAAAUGAGGAUUUUUGACCAACAGUGCAAGGACAGCCAGGAGUUUUUCAGGCAAGAGAUGCUAGAAGAGAUGAGAAGGCAGGCCCCAAAACAGAAAGAAUUGCUUUCUUUCUGCCCAGAUGGACUGAAUACUUCAGACAAGACUCUACCUCAGACACCAAAAGUCAUAUUCAAAUAAUCAAUUUGUUAACUUACAUGUAGCCCUAAUAGUAAUAAAUUUAGGUGUCUCUUUUUGAAUUAAAUGAGGAUUAAGUUCAAAUUGAAUGUAUUUGAGAUCAGCUUUUUUAUAAACAUAGUUCCUAUCCGCUUUAUAGAAAGAAUACUUGAAGAAAAUGAAUCUAGAUUUGGAACAAAGAGAUGUAAAUACAUUGCCAGUUAGAAACAAUAGUGUACUACUGCAA